AUGCUCCUCCCAUCAUCCCUCACGACCAUCACCGCCCUCCUCGCCCUCCCCGCCGCCGUCCGGGCCGUGUUCAGGGAUGAGGUCGGCGACGUGGACUUCCACUACGAGCUUCUCGGCCUGCCACAGCGCGAGACCACAUUCUUCCACCGGCCGCGGCCCGAAGACAAGGCCAGCCUGCUGUACACCCUCAGCGACGUCGGCGUCCUCGGCGCCGUGAACCCCAGCAGCGGCGGCGUGGUGUGGAGGCAGCUCGUCGGCGGCAACGCGACGCACGGCGGCGGGCACCUCAGGGCCGGCGACGGGGAGAGCUGGGUCGCCGGCGCAUACGGCAGCGCGGUGCACGCCUGGGAGGCCGUCAGCGGGCGGAAUGUCUGGUGGAGGGAGUUUGCCGGGGAGGUCAAGGACCUCGAGGUCAUGGAGGUGACCGAGAAGGGCCGCAAGGACGUCCUGGCGCUUUACAACGAGGACGGGUCCACGACCCUGAGGAGGCUGAACAGCGCCGACGGCAGCGUGGUCUGGGAGUUCAAGGAGACGAGCAAGGACCUGCCCCUGCAGGUCAGUACCAACGUCGAGAAGGUCUUCGUCAUCAGCCUGCACGGGAACCUCCUGUCGUACAGCCUCAAGGUCGCCAUCCUCGACACCCUGACGGGCAAGCGGCUGGACGAGAUCAGCAUCGGCACCAAGGGCGACGUCAACGGCGAGGGGGACGUCAUGUUCGUCGGCGCCAACUCCGCCGCGCCCAUCGUCGCCUGGGCCGACGACUCGCUGACCAAGCUGCGCGUCAACGUCCUGGGCACCCGCAACACCCAGGAGUUCCCGCUCGUCGCCGACACCACGUCCGUGGAGAUCCACGCGCCCCACCUGGCGCAGUCGCAGCCGCACUUCCUCGUCCUCAGCCGCACAAAGGUCGGCACCAAGGCCGAGGUCUACCACGUCGACCUCAAGAGCAACGCCAUCAAGCGCGCGCACGAGCUGCCCCACCUCGCCGGCCCGGGCGCCGUCUCCACCAGCUCCGACGGCGCCAACGUCUACUUCACCCGCAUCACCGAGAACGAGAUGACGCUGGUGUCGUCGGGCUCGCACGGCGUCCUGGCCCGCUGGGACGUCAAGACCGGCAACUACAAGGCGGGCGCGGUGCACGCCGUCUCCGAGGUCAUCAAGAAGCCGGGCGACGAGUUUGCCGUCCGGUCGGCGGUUGUGACCGAUGCGGACGACUGGGUGCUGCUGCAGAACGGCAACCUGGGCUGGUCUCGCCCCGAGGGCCUGAGUGCUGGCGUCGCCGCUGCCUGGGCUGAGAUCCCCGAGUCAGAGGACCUGGUCAAGACUCUCGAGGCAGAGGCCCAUGAUAACCCCUUGUCUGCUUAUAUCCAUCGCGUGACCAGGCAUUUCGACGAUCUGCAGUACCUGCCGGGUUACCUUUCCUCGAUCCCUGAGCGGCUACUUGGCAGUAUCAUCGGCACCGAGGCUUCGAAGAAGAACACCCUGUCUCGGGACACCUUUGGCUUCAACAAGAUCAUCGUCCUUGCCACAAGGAGGGGCAGGCUCUAUGGUCUCAACGCUGGGGACCAUGGGAAGAUGAUCUGGACACAUAGGGCCUUCAACCUCGCACCUGGAGAGACUUGGGACGUCAAGGGUAUUGAUGUUGAUGACACCAAGGGCCUGGUCACCGUCCGCGGCUCAACAGGUGAUUAUGUCAUUGCCAAGACGGACACUGGCAAAAUCACCGAGACCACAGAACCUGGGUCCCGACCAGCUGUACUUAGCACCGUGAAGGUUGACACUCCUUCCGGCAAGUUCCUGCUGUCUGUUGGCGCUGAUGGCAAGGUUGGUGAGAUCCCAGCCGCCUUGGCGCCCAAGCAAACCGUCGUUGUCCAUGCUGCCAGUAAUGAGCUCAAGGGCUUGAAGUUCGUCGUCGAUGGCACGCAAGCUCACGAAGAGACUGUAUGGACCUUUUCGGCCCCAGGCUCGCAGCGCAUUGUCGAUAUUGCGACCCGGUCACCACACGACCCUGUCGCGUCGAUUGGUCGCGUCCUCGGAGACCGAACAGUCAAAUACAAGUAUCUGAAUCCCAACACGGCAGUCGUCGCCACUGUUGAUGACGCUGCUUCGACUCUCACGACAUAUCUGCUGGACACUGUUUCCGGCCAGAUCCUCUAUUCUGCAACUCAAGAAGGGGUUGACACUGGCAAGCCCGCGGACUGCGCUAUUUCUGAGAACUGGUUCGUCUGCUCCUUUUUCGGCCAGUACGAGCUUCGCGACAACGUCGCGCAGAGCUUGAAGGGCUACCAGCUGGUCGUGUCCGACCUCUACGAGUCCGACCGCGCAAACGACAGGGGCCCACUGGGAGAGUCGGCCAACUUCUCGUCGCUCAAGCCCAUCGAUAACCCCACCGGCCCCGCGGUGCCGUCCGUCGUCUCGCAGACCUUCAUCGUCGCCGCCCCUCUCGAGGCGCUGACCGUCACGGAGACGAGGCAGGGCAUCGCCACCCGCCAGCUGCUGGCCUACCUGCCCGAGACGCACGGCAUCUACGGCAUCCCCCGCCACGUCCUGGAGCCCCGGCGCGUCGUGGGCCGCGACCCGACGCCCGUCGAGGCCGAGGAGGGCCUCAUGAAGUACCACCCGGCCAUCGAGGUCGACCCGAAAUUCGUCGUCACGCACGAGCGCGACGUCCUCGGCGUCCGCCGCAUCGUCGCCGCCCCCGCCGUCGUGGAGAGCACCAGCCUCGUGCUCGCGUACGGCGUCGACGUCUUCGGCACGCGCGUCGCUCCCAGCUUCGUCUUUGACAUCCUCGGCAGGGGGUUCAACAAGGUCUCCCUGCUCGGCACGGUGGUGGCGCUGACGGGUGGCGUCGUGGUGCUGGGUCCGAUUGUCCGGAGAAAGCAGAUCAACAUGCGUUGGAAGCCGACGCAAUGA